AUGAACGCUGCAAGAGCAACACCACAACGCAAUCCUCACGAAAGCGCGCACCUUGGCCAGCCCUCGAGAUCUAGACCGUGCAGCUCGAGUCGCCAGCUGGCAAUGGACGACCAACGGCAUGGAAGCUUCCCGCGACCGGACCUGCAGAGCCCCGAGCAGCUCGGCAACGGCCACAACGGCCUGGACCUGGACGUCGACCGUUCAGAGCAGUGGAUGAACGAUUACUAUGACCGCCGAGCCACGAGAACUCAUGGUCCGAAUGGCAGCUCGCAUCCCGACGAUCAUAUCUCCAGCGACGGCGAAGCGUUCCCCCCGCAGCGCGUCGACUGGGAGGCCAUGAGAGCCAGUGCCAACAUGGAGGAAUAUCUACGGAAUGCGCCGAUCCCAGAGUACUCGGACGAGGAGGGCAUCAGCAUGCCUCUCGAUGACCUUGGCGAGAUAUCCGGCACCGACACUAGCGUUGAGGACGGCGAGAAUGGGGACCUCGUCGGGGACCCUCACGAGGAGCCCGAUUUUGACCCCCUCGCUGCCGGUCUGAAGGAGAUUUCCAACCUGGGGAAGUUCACUGUCAGCAGCCACAAGCAGGGCAAUGGCGUUGAGCAGCUUCGUGACGACAGCCUGAAGACGUACUGGCAAUCCGAUGGGCCUCAGCCUCAUAAACUGACGGUAUACUUCAUCAAGCGGGUCGGCAUCAGAGACAUUCGCUUCUUCGUAGACUACAGCGAGGACGAGUCUUACACGCCCACCAAGAUCAUCUUCAAGUCAGGCACCAGCGAGAACAACCUAAUCCAGUUCGCAACCAUGGAGAUGUCGCAACCAUCCGGCUGGCAGAAGGUCCCAGUUGCCGGCGCUGGUGGCGGCCCUGACGGUAAUACGCUGGUCUCGUACGUGUUCCAGAUGCAAAUACUCGAGAACCAUCAGAACGGAAAGGACACACACCUGCGGUCAAUCAAGAUUUACGCGGCGGAUAACGAUGCCCCCAAUGUCGAUGUGGAUAGUACGAACCAUAAGAUUGUGAACGCGGAGGUGGAUGAUGAGGCGGAGGUGGGGCCCGCCGACCCUUGGGACCUCUCCGUGCUCGAGGCCGGCCUGACCAUUCCCGAUUUCAUGAAAGAACCUGAAAUUCGAUGA